AUGACAGUUAAAUGGUCAAAUGGGACUUUGCUCAGUCCAUCGGAGCAGACUCCAUUACUGCGCGAUGACCCCGCCAUCAUUGGAGCGGGCGAUCGUCAGGAACCGGUGGCUGACGAGCCCAGUACUCGCGAAUUGAUCGUGAUUCUGGGCAGUAUCUGGGUGGGAGUCUUCCUCGCAGCUCUUGAUACGACGAUCGUUGCGACGCUCUCGGGCCCCAUUUCUUCCUCCUUCAACUCGUUCUCACUGCUCUCGUGGCUAGCGACCUCCUAUCUUAUUUCAAACGCUGCUUGUCAACCUCUGAGCGGCCGGUUGACCGAUAUCUAUUCGCGCCGCUGGGGGCUGGUCGUUUCCAAUGUCUUCUUCGCUCUUGGAAACCUGAUUUGUGGCCUGGCAAACGCACAAUGGUCGAUUAUUCUUGGCCGUGUCGUCGCAGGUAUGGGAGGCGGUGGCCUGCUGGUCAUUUCAACCUUUGUCACCUCUGACUUGGUCCCUCUCCGCAAACGAGGGGUCUGGCAGGGUGUUGGGAACAUUUGCUAUGGCGCAGGAGGCGGAUUGGGGGGUGUCUUUGGGGGCUGGAUCAAUGAUACACUGGGUUGGCGCUGGGCCUUUUUGCUUCAGGUACCUUUCCUAGUCGUUUCGGGCAUUUUGGUCGCGUGGAAAGUGAACAUUCCCGUCAAGAAUUCGGAUAAAUCUCGGAUCAAACGUGUCGACUUCCUGGGCGCGACUACGCUUGUUCUGACGAUGGUGACCUUACUGCUGGGUCUGAAUACCGGGGGCAAUCAAUUGCCCUGGACACACCCGUUGGUUCUCAUCUCUUUCCCGGUCUCCGCGAUAUUCCUCGGCCUUUUCAUUUAUAUUGAGGCCCGAGUCGCAACUGAGCCCAUCAUCCCCAUUAGAUUACUGCUCGACCGAACGGUCGCGUCGGCCUGUCUGACAAACUGGUUCACUACUAUGGCAGUCUUUGGUUUACUCUUUUACCUGCCUCUCUACUGCCAGGUGCAAGGUAUGUCGGCUACGGCGGCCGGGGUGCGCUUGAUCCCCCAGGCGAUCGGCACUUCCAUUGGAUCUCUUGCAUGUGGCUUCAUCAUGCGUGCUAAGGGACGGUAUAUGAUCCUGAAUUAUUUGGCCAUGGCCCUGUUGGUGGCUUCAGGUGGGCUGAUCUGCACUUUGACAUUGACCACGCCUGCAUGGUUACCGUUUGUCUAUUUCUUCAUGAUGGGGACGGCGUAUGGCAGUAUUCUGACCAUCACUCUGGUGGCACUGAUCUCUGCUGUGGACCACGAGCACCAUGCAGUGGUGACCUCCGCGUCAUACGCUUUCCGCAGUACUGGAAGCACGAUCGGCAUUACGAUUGCCUCGGCCGUGUUCCAGAACACGCUGAAGGCUGGGCUGUGGUCCCGCUUUGGAGGCCUCAAGCACGCAGCAGAGCGAAUCGCUCGACUUCGCGACAGCCUCGAUGAGAUCCGUAAGCUUCCUGCCGAUUGGAUUCCGAGAGCUCUUGACAUCUACAUGAUUUCUCUACGUAGUGUCUUUCUAGCUCUGCUUGGCCUGACGGUCUUGGGGGCAUUGGCUAGCCUCGCGAUGCGCGAGCACAAGCUGCAUAAUAACCUUUCUCGUCGUUGA